ACUGACUUUGGGAGUAGCAGAAACUGCCACCAUGCCUGCGAAGCCUGCCCCUAUCAAGAAGGCAUCCCCGAAAGCGCCUGCUCCUAAGAAGGAGGAAGCACCUGCCCCUGCCCCUGCACCCGCGGAGGCGGCUCCUGCUGAAGUUGCUCCCCCUGUCGAGGUCGAAGCUCCACCGGCAGAGGCUGCCCCUGCCGAAGCAGCCGCCCCUGCCGAGGCUGCCCCUGCCGAGGCUGCUCCAACCGAAGAAAAGGCUCCCGUAGAACCCGCUCCUGAGCAGCCCAAAGCACCCACACCCCCUCCUCCAAAUGAGCCCACCAGUGAGCCCUUGGAAGUGACAGUGGACGACAAGAGCGACACUUCAGUGACCAUCACCUGGAGGCCUCCAAAGACCAUUCCAGCCAACUCUGGCCUGGAUGGGUACACUGUGGAAAUCACCAAGGAGGGAACUGAAGACUGGAAAGUAGCCAACGAGGAUCUGACCGUGUCCUGCCGUUAUGUCAUCAAGAACCAGACUACCGGCGACCGUCUGCUGAUCCGGGUGGUUGCUGUAAACCCUGGUGGCCGCAGCCCCCCUGCUACCAUCGCUGACCCUGUUCUGGUCAAGGAGGUUGGGGCUCGCCCCAAAGUCCGCCUGCCUCGUUUCCUGAGGCAGAGGUAUGUCAAGAAAGUCGGCGAGAAGAUCAACCUUGUCAUCCCCUACUCUGGCAAACCUAAGCCAGUGGUUAGCUGGUUAAAGGAUGGACAGCCCCUCGACUCCAAGAGGGCCAACAUCCGUACAUCUGACAGAGACAGCAUCCUGUUCAUCCGUCAAGCAGAGAGGGGGGACUCUGGUUCAUACGAAAUGUGUGUGAAGGUGGACGACUUUGAGGACAAAGCUGCUAUCAUCAUCCAGAUUAUUGAGUUGCCCGGGCCACCAGCCAGCAUUAAGAUUGUGGAUGUCUGGGGAUUCAACGUUGCUUUGGAGUGGACCGUACCCAAAGAUAAUGGUAACACAGAGAUCACAGGCUACACUGUCCAGAAAGCUGACAAGAAGACCGGGGACUGGUUCAACAUUUUGGAGCACUACACCAGACUAAACGCCACUAUCUCAGACCUCAUUAUGGGCAACACCUACACCUUCAGGAUCUUUGCAGAGAACAAGUGCGGACUCAGUGAGGAAUGUGCCGUGACCAAGGGAGAAGCCACCAUUGUGAAGGAGGUUAUUGACUACAAACCUACCCCAUUCGUGGAGCAUGACUUCACUGAGGCUCCCAAGUUCACCACUGUUUUGAACGACAGGUCCACCACUGUUGGCUACAGCACCAAGCUGCUGUGCUCUGUGAGGGGAUGCCCCAAGCCUAAGAUCUUGUGGAUGAAGAACAAGAUGAUUCUCAACAACAUGGACAACCCCAAGUACAGGAUGAUCAGCACAGGGGGCAUCUGCACCCUGGAGAUCCGUAAGCCUGGCCCAUACGACGGUGGUGAGUAUGUCUGCAGAGCCGAGAAUACACUGGGGAAGGUCGACACCGGCUGCAAGCUGGAGGUCAAAAAGCCUUUGCAUGCAGACACUGACAAAGACGAGUAGGAACAGUAAAUGCACAUGCAUACAGUCCCAAAUUAGAAGCAAGCGGAAUGAGGCCUUUACAAAAAGGAUGGUUCUGGAUGCUGGAAAAAAACAUGUACAUAUGACUGACUGGAGAGAACAAACAAUGAAAUGGUUCAUGUCUACAACCGCUGUAUCCUACCCUUUCCUAUAUUUAUGAAAAUUUUGAUUUUGUUGCCUUUAUUUAUUUUUCUUCCUUAGUACUCUCUGGUAUAGAGUUCAUAUCCAUGUCCACAACCAACUCAGAUGUCAACAACUGUCUGUCACAUUGUAAUUCUGAAUAGGUCUCCAUUAUAUAGAGCAAAUCGAUUGUUACUGAUUGGAGAUUAAAGAUGUAAAACCUCGGAAUGUGUUACAAUAUUUUGAUUUAAUGCUUUUCUUUUGUUGAAUAAACCUACAAUCGAAUAAACAUUCUCUAACCUGAAGUAAAAAUUACAAUGGGUCGAUCGAAAACAUUCUGUACUUAUUGUGGAAGAGGAAAAGUUAUGGCAAGGCCAGCAGAUUAUUUCCUUACAAGGAUUUUGUAAUGUAUUUGUAUAAUAUACAGUAUGUGUAUGUGCAGUACACAGUAGUCACUCUUUAACUUGUUUAUCACAUGAUAUGAUCUGAUAUUACAGUGGCAUUUUAUGGGUUGAAUCCAAGCUGAUCAGGUAUCAGUCUACAUACUGUCCUGGCACUCGAUUACUCUCCUAUGAAUCCAGCCAAGAAGAAUACAGAACUGAAAAAAAGAAAACAGGGCAACAACACCCCUGCUAAAUUAAGAGGCAGAAGAGUGUGUCCACACUUGGGCACUUUGGCUCACACACAAAAAGGUACAAGUGUCGCAACAGUAUGACUGGCCCUCCAGCGGGCUAUGUAACUGUCUCAUCCUCACACAGUCAUGGAGUUAUUGGCAUAGUGAUAAGAGGCUGUGUUGCCAGAGAUAUGUAGAUUGUUGCCAGUGAUGACAAUAUGAAGCAUUUGGAUAUGGUUGCUGGAUGACAUUAUGUCUUUAAGAGAGUUGGAGAGAGAGGUGACCAGUGUCUGAAGGCAUGGUUGGUACAAGAGAACCACUCAACAACAGCUCCCUCUAGUGUCCUUACUUGGAAAUGACAAAGGUAUGGGCUAUUUCUAUUAUAGUGAACCCACGGUGCACAGAAGUCAGUGCAACAUCUAGUUUUGAUUUACGUUUGGUUGAAUUGUCAACUAACGUGAAGUCACCAUGUUUUUAAGGUUAAAAGUUGGACUAUCUGGGUUGAA